AUGGGCUCUGCGUCCGGUUUUGCCAAGACCAUUGUCAUCCCCGCCGUCAUCUCCCUGUCACUCUAUCUUCUCCUAUCAUUUGUGAUCAUCCCGUUCUUCCGCCGCUAUCAGCAACGAUAUUCACAAUAUCUUCCUCUACAUGCGAUUUCGGCGCAUACCUCAACGCUCCGGGAUCGCAUCGCCGAUGCCUUGAUGCGGUUCUUCCUGCCGGCAUCCUGGCGACAGCAGGCCCACUUCGACGACCACAACGAUAACAUCAGCAUACUAGACGAGGAAGGAGAAUUGAUGGUCGGCAUGGGCAUGGAUCCCACGCGGAGGGAGGCGCUGGAACGACGACGGAGUACGGCUGCCGAGCCAGAGAACCGACUCAGUCGGGAGCUCGAGCAGGGUUUCAUGGACGACAGCGACGAGGACGAGAGUCCCGGCAACCGCCGCUGA